UUGAAAUUCGAAUUUUAAUUUAAAAUAAGAAGGAGAAGAAGAAGAAGAAGAAAAUGAUGGAGGAAAAUCAAGUAGUCAACGAAAGAUUUCUGUCAUUCCUGAAAUCUAUGAUGAAAGAUGAAAAAUUGAGUAUAAGAUGUCAGGAAGAAUUCGUAAAUAUCAUCCAGAAAAAUACAAAGAUUAAAAAGAAACCGAUACGAAGAUUUAUUAGAAAAUUUGUUCCUGAUUCGUUUAUUAAAUUAAAUAGUUGUAGUAGUAAAAGAACUAAAGAUACUAUAGAAAAACUGGGAGCUUACGAGAGAGAAAUGUUUAGACCGACUCCAUCAUCCAUAAAGAGCGACGAAAAAGAAAGACUUCAAAAUAUCAUGGCUACAGGAAAGCAAAAAAUCGAAUCUUCAAUUCCUGCAAAACGUUUGGAGAAAGAAGAUGAAGAUAAGUUUUCAGAAAUCUUAAAUGAAAUUAAAGAAAGAGAAGAAUUCUUAAAUGAAAUGCAGCAAAUUGGAAUGGGAGAACGUUAUAAUUCUUUAAUAAGUAAUCAAAUAUUUCAAAAAAUUGACGAACUUUAUCGAAUCGAUAAGAAAAAAUGCAAAAAAAUUGGACUUUUGAAAUUUCAAAACUUUAAAAGAUCUUCUAUUUUGAAUUAUGGAGUGUAAAAUAUUUCUUUGGCAUUUUAUUUUUAAGAUUUAAAAUUUAUUUAUAAACGAAUUCAAAAAUAAAUAGGACAAAAUUGAAGAGGAAGUUAAAAAUGUCAACUGGUUUUUUUUUUCUUCUUUCUCUCCAUUAAUUUUGAUUUCUGGUAAUAACAAUCAAAGAUGUAUAAAAUGAUUGAUGUGGAAAGAGGCAAUUUGAUUCAAUCAUGCGUACUGACUGGGACAGGUCAUACAAUAAACCAUCGCUUCAU